AUGGGACGAUUUCCGGAGCAACCAACACCAGAUGAAAAAGAAGCUCUUAAAAGCUUCAUAUAUUUAUUUAGUAGAUUAUAUCCUUGCGGCGAAUGCGCAACGGAAUUUCAAUCCAUCCUUGAGAAAUAUCCACCACAAGUAUCUUCAAGAGUAGCAGCAUCUCAAUGGGCCUGCGCUGUCCAUAAUAUCGUUAAUCAAAGAUUAAAAAAAGAAAUAUUUGAUUGUGGAACGGUUGCUGAAAAAUAUAAAUGUGGUUGUGACGAUGAAGGCAUAACGACAUAA